AUGGAAAAAGUUGUCACAGAGUACAGACAGCUGUAUGGAAGAGACAUAACCUUGAAAACAUUAAUGAAAAAGGUGGGUAAUAUGAAGAAAAAACUGAAGAAGAAAACCAACAAGAACAAAACGGGUAACAAGAGAAUUACACAAUCAUGGGAAACUAUAAUGAUGGAAGCGAUGAAUGCGGAUGUUAACCCCACCGUUGCGCCCAACUUUCAAUACAACCAGCGGCAAAAACUGGCAAACGAAAGUCAGCAACAACUGAAGAAGGAGCCAUCGCACAUGAAACCGAGGAAACCAGAAAAUUAUCUAACAGGCAACUUCAGUGCUGUUAGAACAGCUCAAGGAGUUUGGUUUAACAUAGAUAAUAAGAAACACUCUACUGAAGAAGACAGUGAGUCUGAAGAAAAAGAAGAUGAAGUCGUGUUUAACCCUAUCAUUUUAUCAGACCCUGAAUCAACUCUCGACAGUUCUAAUUUUACACAGGAAAGAUAUUUGCCACAACACAUAAGAUGUGCCUUACAUACCAUAAAUCUCAUUGCAACUACCCAUUACAAAAAUUCGGUAAAUGGUUUAUUGCCUUUGCGACAAAACACACAAAUAUUUUCCAAAUGUUCUAAGUUGUGGAAUAAAUGCGGACGGCCGAAAUCGGCUGAGAUAAUACAAGAAGAACUUGGACAUAAGUUAAAAGUUCUAGGAAUUACCAGAUGGAACUCCACUUAUGACGCUGUAGUCCAAAUUGUUUCCGUCAAAGAUAAGUUAGAAGUUCUAUGUGAUAAACUUAUGAUUCCGGUAUUUAAGGAACAUGAAAUAUCCUUUUUAGAGGAAUAUAUCAAAUUAAUGCAGCCUCUGGCUGAAACAUUAGAUUUUUUACAGGGAGAGCAUAACACCUAUUAUGGGUAUCUGCUUCCUAGCUUAGUUUUGAUGAAAACUAAACUUCAAAAGCUGAAAAUAUUAGGCGAUAUAAAACAGCUAUCAGUGCCUUUAUAG